CGAUAAAAGCGUCCUUAUAAAUACUUCGAUUUGUUAGGAAUUCAAAAUCAUUGGUCGUGAAUGUUGACAGAUGAAAUUCAAAACAAAAUGUUUUAUUUUAAGUUAUCAGUUGUGAUCUUAUUAACCAUUUUAAUCAAGACACGUUGUGAACCAAUAAAUCAAUUUAAACGGUCGUCAAUGCCUUUAAUUUCUCCAUCUGAAGCUGUUUUAAGUCUGUUGUCAUCAAAUCCGAUGUUGUUAUCUUACAUACAAAAUAAUUCAAUAAAAAAUGAUCCUUUACCCUGUUCUACUGUUGAUCAACUUUCUAAUGAUAAAACUUUUAUUACAUUAAAAUAUUUAUUAUCAAACCAAUCGGGUCCUCUGACUUUAUCAUCAAUUUCCAGUUAUUUCCCUAGACUACCGUUGUCUUCAAAACUUAAAUUACUCACGAAAAUUAAACUCUUAAAAUCCGCAUUUUCUGGUAUAACUCCUCUUCUAAAUGAAAAUUUUGUAACAGCUUCAAGUGAUAUAAAAUCUCAACUAAAAAUUCCUACUACUGAGUCAACGCAUUCUUCAGAAGCCUCUUUAACACCUGAUUUAAAAUCUAAAAUUUUUGAACAGUUAAUAACAGCCUUACGUUCCACAUUAACUCAAAUUUUUGAAACUAAAAUUUAUUCACAACCAUGUUUAUCAACAUUAAUGACAUUGCCUUCAAUAGAGUCUACUACUUUCACAAAUCAAAAUUCAAAUCCAGACAUUUUAAAAUCAGUAAUCCCAAUUCUAAAUUCAGCUAUUAAAUCACCGUCUAAUAGCCCGACAUCAUGUCCUUUACUUCAACAAAAAGCACCUCUUCCUAUAUUACCACAAAUAUCAUCAUAUCAAGCGACAAAUAUUAAGCCAGCUGUAUUGAAUUAUUUAUCUAGCCAAUGUUCUUCUCAACUAUCAACACCUCUACCUAUUAAUAAAAAUGAUGAAUUAAUUCCAAAUACACCUGUAUUAUCUUCAUUAUCAACUGAUUCAUCGUGCUCUGAAAACUUCUUAAUAAAAUAUUUAAAUACAUUGAGGACAAACAUGAACCUUCAAAAUAAUUUACUUCAUACUUUAGAAACAACUUCAACAAAUCAAAUUAACCCACCUUCAAUUCAUUCUUUGACGGAACAUUCUACUCAAAAUAAAUAUCCUAAUACCCUUCAAUCUGAUUGUAAUGGAAAAACUUCCAGUUCAAUAGAAUCUCAGAUAUCUUCGCCAAAUUCAAAUAGUUCUAUAGUUAAUGAUACAGAUUUAUUAAAUUUCGAAUCAUAUAUUCCAAAUCAUGUUAUACAAUCAUUGGUACAUUCAGAAUCUGAUCAAACAUUCAAUAAAUACUCAUCAAAAGAAUUAAUUCCUAUCUCAAUAUCUCCAAACCAAGAUUUUACAAAUACGAAAUCAAGUUAUUUAUCACAAAAUCCUCUAACAAAAGAAGAAGCACUCUCAUCUCAUUUAAAUUCAAAUUCAUUUUUAACAUCGAAAAACCAAAAUCCAGAAACAACGAUACAGUCUACGAAUUACUCUCCUUCAUUAUCGUUGCCAGAUGUAUCAUGUCAAAUGCCUGAAUAUAAAAUAAUGAAGGACUCGUAUUCUUCUUCAUUAAUUCAGCCAAAACUAACUCCACUUUUUACACCUGACUCUAUUCAAGAUUCUGCAACGUCUACUUCUUCUAAAUUACCGUGUUCAUUAUUAAGCGUAAAUUCUGAGUUUAAAAGCGAUACAUCAAAAUUACAGAAAACUCCUCUUCAACAAGAUUUUAAUUAUAAAAACUUUUCACUGGAUUCUCAAUCAUUUGAUUCCUCAGAACUUCAAAAAAAUGGCUUAAAUGAUUUUGAUUCUCUAUUUCCAUUAACAAAACAUUGUAAUUCUUCAACAACUUCACAAACAGAUUUAGUAAAAUUAAUUUUAAACCUUUUAAAUCAUUCUCUUCCUUUGCAAAAUUCUCCAUGUGAAUCUCAUUCAAAAUACAAUUUGUCCUCUAAUUUAACCUCUAAAGUUUUGGAAAAAACUUCGUCUUCUUCAAAACUUUCUCCAAGUUCACCGAUUUUUCAAAGUAAACAAACAGAUUUUCCAAAUUCAAUUGCAAAUAAUCAUUAUUAUGUCGAUGACAAAUCUGAAUCUCCUCAAUUUAUACAUCAUAAUUCUAUUUUAGUUCCUGAUUCUUCCUCACAAUCUUUAACAUCUCCACCUGUUCUAUCACAAUUUUUGAAUUCAAAACCACUGUUUAAUUCUAAUUCAGAUCUAUUGAAGUACGUACUGAGUUUACCCAGUCCUUCAGAUACAACGCCUUCAAAAAAGACUUGCACUUCGUCAGAUUUAUUGCUUACAGACACAUCAUUCACUACAGAAAAUAAAACUGAACCAAACUCACAAUCAGAUGUAUCGUAUUCAAAAUCGUUAUUAAACUCAAUGUCUGAAAUAAAAUUAGACUAUAACAUUAAAUCAUAGUCAAAUUUUCAAUUAUAUUUAUUGUAUUAUACAUUAUAGAAAUUUAUAUAAUUUAACAAUUAAAAUGAAUUAAUAUAUGAUAAAAUUAAUUAUUAAAACAUUAUUAGUAAUUUAAAUA